UCGAUGGCAUCCUGAUCAAUUCUUCCACACAAGAUUAACAUUUAAUGUUUCGACUUGCGCGUCGACGGUCCAAGGUAUGGUCUAAAAGACACAAGUGGGUUAUAGCCCCUCCUCCGGUGGACGAGUAAUUGCCGCAGGUAAUACAUACGUCACUUACGUACAGUCUGUACAGUUGUCGUGGGACAUAGCACCUUCGCAUCAAUGGCAUCAUGCAAUGUACUAUCAUUGCUGUACUUAUACAUCUUAUAUGCUUCUACCAUCAGCGUUCAGCGUCAGAAGUCAUGAUUCUCUCACAGAAAAAAUGGCAGUGUGAUUGUUCUGGGUUAUAUAGUAUGUGAACCUACUACUGGUGGACUCGUUCAGCGACAAUGUCUUCCUCGGCUCAGGAUGCCAUUCCACAACUUGACCUGGGAAACACGUUCGGGGCACUUUUUAUUGGGGUUAUCCUGGCAGCAGUUCUCUUCGGUCUAACCAAUGUUCAAGCCUUCAUCUACUUGCAGGCGCAUAGAAACGCGGGGAUGACAUUUUUCAAGCUGGUUAUUACCUGGCUUUGGAUAUCUGAUGCUCUGCACCUGGCAUUGACAAUCCAUUGUGUCUACUAUUAUCUGGUGAAUAACUAUGCGAACUUCGGCGUGCUCACGGAAAUCGUAUGGAGUCUCAAACUUCAGUUAGUAAUCAGCGCUCUCAUCGUUCCUAUGGUACAUCUUUUGUAUGUUCAUCGCAUAUGGAAAAGUGAUUAUUCCCUCAUUAUCGUGAAUUUGCUACAUCUACUGAAUGAACCUAGUGAGCGAAGGUCGAUCAAGAGUUCUCCCGGCCAUAUCGUUGGGCAUGGUCUUGGUGUUGUCAUCCCCCUCGCUUGGGAGCAGGUCAAUUUGUUUAAGGAUUUGGCCAAGACCAUGUGGUCGACAUAUCUGUCUUUAGGAGCAGCCACUUUUAUCGAUAUUAUCAUCACAUCAUCGCUAUGUUAUCUCCUCGCCACUUCACGUACUGGGUUCUCUUGGUACAGAGCAGCUCAUUCCUUAUCGGGAUCUGACAUGCUGACGCAGGUUACUCAGCACCGAUUCAUUCAUAACAAAGCUCGUGGGCUAUACCGUCAGUACUGGCUGUCUGACAAGUAUUUUUUCGGUGUCAAUGAUAAUCACAUAUAUGUCAACUCGUUUAUCGCACUCCUGAAUGCGCGAUACUAUAUGCAGGCCAAGGCAAUUGUCGAUCCUCCCCAACUUUAUGAGCGCCACGGCGUCUAUCACCAGGAACUCCACACUAGUGGAUCGCAAGAUGAAGAGUUUCACAAAUCCCAGGGAGAUCCUAAGGAUGAGGUACUGCGUAUCACGCAACCUAUCCAGGGUAUCAUGGUUGGUGGUUGUGUCAUGGUCGAUGGGAGAAGGAUAAUUGACACACCUUAG